AUGUCAUCUGCACUCACCUAUCCUCUUCCUCUUCUCCCUUCUAUCCCAGACGAUCUCGAGAACCUCGACGCACGCCAGGCUCUACCUCAUUUAAUGGCACUAAUGAAGAACACCCUCAUCCGUGGUCUGAAUCGCAUUCAUGCAUGUGCGCCUCUUGUCAUCAUCGGCCACCCCGCUCUUCCGCCUUUCCUUGACUACGUGCACUCGCUCCUCGUGCAAUUGGAUGUGCAUCUCGAGGAGGACGCUGCUUUUUUCUCUGCGAACGCACUUGCAGAGAUCGCUACAUCCGACGCUAACCCAGAUACUAAGACUAUCAGGGAAUCUAUAAUUUCAUUGACAAGUUUGGUGUCGACGUGGAUCAACGAUGACUCCACUUACUGUUCGAGUGCUCUAUGCGACGGACUCUCGUUUGGACCUCCUCUGGUUGUGGUUAUGCAGGCACAGAUCAAGAUGCUUACCCCCACGCUGCUCAGCUCGAUUAUAUCGCACCUGGACCUUCUUGAAUUGAUUAAAGGCAGCGUCGGUCGCGUCAGCGAACGAUCCGAUAUCACCUUCUUGCUCCCUUUUGUUGUCUCGCAUCAUGAUCAUACCACCUCCACCCAUUGGCCCAAGAUUCCCGAAGAUGGUAUUGAGACGCUCCCGACCCUUAUUCUCAGUCAUCCAGGAUGCUGGCAAUUUGCGCCGUUCAAUCCUAUCACUCGUGAGACUCAGAGCUUAAUCGCCAUCUCUGCUUAG